UGAGUUCUAAAUGCUCUCUAUAGACCCCUCAUGGCGACAUGCAGCCGUUAAUCACAUGAUUAAUCGAUCAUCAUCCUGUCAGAACCAGCAGCUGCAGGUCUGAACCUGCCGUGACGUCAUCGAUGUGAAAGUUAAGGAAACGACGAGCAAAGCCGCUGAGGCCUGAAGCUCAGACCGGAGAUGGGCGUCCAGGGUUUGGCCUCCUUCCUGGACAAACACCGGAACAUUUACCGGGAGGUUCGGUUCGGCCGGAGCCGCCUGCUGGUCGACGGCUGCAACCUCAGCUACCAGCUGUACUUCAGCUCAGGUCUGGAUCAGAACCACGGUGGGGAGUACGCCGCCUACAGGACUGUGAUUGAGACUUUCAUCGCAGCUCUCAGGUCCUGUGACAUCACUCCCUACGUGGUUCUGGAUGGAGGUUCUGCUCACUUCAAAGCACAAACAGCAGUGAAGAGAGCCACGGAUCGGAUCCACCGGAAGCACCAAGCCAGCCAGAGCGGUGAGCAGAGCAGCAUCCUACCGAAGCUGGCCCAGGUGGUCUUCAUACAGACGCUGGCCCGGCUGCAGGUUCCGCUGGCCCAGUGUUUUGCAGAAGCUGACCAGGAGAUAGCAGCGCUGGCAUCAGAAUGGUGCUGCCCGGUUCUGUCCAACGACAGCGACUUCUUCGUCUUCGACCUGCCGGCGGGGUUUCUGCCCAUCAGCCACUUCCUCUGGCGGGAGGUGAGGCAGAGCGGCUCUCAGAGCUCCAUCUGCUGCAGGAGGUACUGCACCUCCAGCUUCUGCAGCUUCUUCGGACUCCGGCGCCAGCUCCUGCCAACCUUCGCCGCCUUGGCGGGUAACGACUACGUGAAGCUGAGAGGGAUCGACUGGACUCGGUUCGUCCACGCCGGUACCGGCACAGAGGCCUGCAGCCGCCUGGAGGGGCUGCUCUGCUGGCUGAAGGGGCUCCAGGAGUCCCGGGAGCCCCUGGAGGUCCUGGAGGAAGCACUGGGCCUGAUGGGGGACCUGAGCGGGGACAAGCAGGAGCUCCUCCAGAACCUGCGUCUGGGGAUGGAGGAGUACCAGCUGGGUCGGAGCGCUCUGAGCCGCUUCUUCCUUCAUGGAGCGCCGCCUGAGUUCCCAGCACUGGAGCAGGGAGGCGAUCGGGUUCCAGUCUGGAUGCAGGUUCCUCUGGCCGAGGCCCGGAUCAGCGGAGACGUCCUGGAUGUUCUGAUCCAGAAGUUUAAGAAGGCUGUGGAGCGAACCGUAAAGGAAACCAGCAAACCUCUUCAGCCUCCUCUUCCUCCUGCUCAGAGGAACAAACAGAAGGUGGACCGAGGACUGAACUGUGAGUACCCGCCCAGCGCCAACCAGACCUCCAGGCCGCUGCGACAGGUGAUGUACGGCCUGCUGCUGGGCAAAGACAAGUUCACUCCAGUGGAGUUUGACAGAGCGGGUCUCAGCCUGAUAUCCGUCCCAGUGGAGCCAACGUUCACCAGAACCAGCCAGAGGCUCAGACUCGACUCCCUGCCGCAGGUGGCGCUCUCUGACCGUCUGAACGUCCUACUGGAAGCUCUGGGAGUGACCCAGGAGUCUCUGCGCCUCCUGCCGCCUGAGCUGCAGCUCCCAGCAGCCGUCAGCUGCUACUGGGUGCAGACAGCUCAGCCUCCUCCAGACCUGCAGAGGGCGCUGCUGCUGGGGAUGAGCAACAUGCUGAGGUCCAGAACAGUCCUGCCAACAGAAGGGAACCAGAACCCGGACCAGGACGUGUCUCAUGUCUUCAGCCAGUGGCAGGCCUGUCUGAAGGACGCCAUCCAGCUGAACCAGCUGCUGGAUCUCCCUCUGCCAGAACCGGACGUCUCCAGGUUGUAUCAGGGGACGCUGGUCCACCAGCUGGUCCACAGGAUGAGGAGCGGCGGGAAGCUGAAGACCGUCCUGAGGAGCGACCGGCCCAGCGAGGAGCUGUACCGCUCCCUGCUCUCCGCGGUCCAGAGGAUCCGGUCCCGGACCCGCCGGACCCGUCAGAAAGCCGCGACCCGUUGGCAGCAGAACCCCCAGGAGCUGAGCGCCGACCUGCAGCGGCUGUUCCUGCAGGAUGAGGAGACGGAGAGCGAAGCUCGGGCCGCCGUGGCGGCACAGGAGGAGCUGCGGCUGCAGGAGGAGCUGCUCCAGGUCCGAACCCGCUACAGAACCAAGGAGAGGAGCAACCGGAGCAAGAACCCGGAACUGGCCCGGAAGGAGGAGUGUCGGGGCCGGAACCUCCUCUGACCGUCCAGCUCCUGCUGUGGUCGCCUUGGCUACCUGCUGUGGUCGCCUUGGCUACCUGCUGUGGUCGCCGUGGCUACCUGCUCUGGUCGCCGUGGCUACCUGCUCUGGUCGCCGUGGCUACCUGCUCUGGUCGCCGUGGCUACCUGCUCUGGUCGCCAUGGCUACCUGCUCUGGUCACUAAAUGUUUUUAAUGAAUUUCUGAAUCAUUUUUCUGUAAACAUUUUUCCUGGUUUUCUGACAUUCAUUUUUUGUUUUACUCUGAAUGUUUUAAUAAGCUGCUUGCUUUGAAAGAUGUUUUUAUUCUCCUAGUGACAUAAAAAUAAAGAAAUAAUUUUUAUGCA